AUGAAUAUUAUAACUGUUAUUGCCAUUAUUCCUUAUGCUUUGGCAUUCCUCCUUUGCGGAUUACCUUUAUUUCUAAUUGAAAUGAUCGUCGGACAAAAUUACCAACGUGGCCCGACGAUAGUAUUCGCACGCAUGUGCCCACUGUUUCACGGUGUCGGCGGUGCGAUGAUUACAUUAUGCUUCUUUAUGUCUAUUUUCCAUGUUGUACCUAUGGUAUGGAGCUUGCAUUAUUUUAUUAACUCUUUUCAGCCGGUUCUACCAUGGACUACAUGCAAUAAUACUUGGAAUACCAAUCAUUGUAUUAGUGUCAACGAUAUUAAUAAAGAUAUAGUAGGUGUUCUGUCAAGUAAUGAAUAUUUCAGAAAUCAAGUCUUAGACUUAACGACUAAUCCUUUAUUACCUGGAGCAGUUAAGAUUGAUAUGGCUGUUUACCUAGCUAUAUGCUGGCUGAUGGUAUAUCUUGUUUCUUUCAAAGGAAUUUUUGUUUCUGGCAAGGCGUCAUAUGUAACCACAGCACUUUCAUAUCUUAUCAUUGUCAUCUUGUUCAUCCGGGGUUUAGCAGCGCCAGGCAAUAUAGCGGGGAUCACAAAAUUUCUUUGGAAAUCAAAUAUCAGUAGCUUACAAAAUAUUGAGCUUUGGGGCGAUGCCAGCUUACAGGCUAUGGUUUCACUCGGAGUGGGUUUCGGGCCUAUCAUAACUUAUUCUUCCUAUAAUAAGAGAGAUUACAAGUUUAUUAGUUUAUAUGUACUGGAGCUGCAGGAAACUGGCUUAAUUGGUUCAAUGUUAGUUUUCGUUGUCUAUCCCACCAGUGUUGGGGUAUUACAAUUAGGUCAUUUGUGGUCGGCCAUGUUCUAUUUGAUGAUAUUUCUCAUUGCCUUCGAUAACCAGUGCGCUUUCUCAGAGUCUAUCGCGUCUGGUUUAAUUGAUGCUUUCCCCGAUCAGUUAUAUAAUCGUCGAACGAUGAUUUAUUUAGUGUUAACUUUGGUUCAAUAUCUGUUAGGCAUGACAUGCAUCACCAAGGGCGGUUUAUACGUUUUUCAAUUAUUUGACUGGUACGUCAUGAAAAUCUGCUUACCGUGUGUGUUAAUAUUUGAAGUCUUUAUAGCCUGUUGGAUAUAUGGUGUAAAGAGAUUACGCAAAGACUUUUCAGUUAUUGCAGGAGAAAAGCUAUCCAUCCUAUGGAAAAUAUUAUGGUAUAUUCCCACGCCCUUAAUUGUUACGGGCACAACAUUAUUUUGCGUAAUCUUUUAUUCCUCUCCUGGCUCAAAUGUUAAAUUUGCCCAGUAUUGGUGGUCACUGCUUACUGGAUGGUUAAUGGCGGGGUCAAUUCUCGUUUGCAUCUUGAUUUCUGUUAUUCUUUCUUUUAUUCGUGCUAAAGGAAGUAUAGUGCAGAUAACUUUGCAAGUGCAAAGAUUUCAUUCGUGCUAUUAG